AUGCCUACUAGAUCUCAAUUUUUCAACCCAGAGACCGCACCUUACUACAACCCUAAGACUGAACGGAAAGUUGUGAUCAUCACUGGUGGAAACUCAGGUAUAGGAUGGUACACAACACUUCAUUUGUACCUCCAUGGAUACGUCGUUUAUAUGGCAGGAAGAACUGAACUGAAGGUCAGAAAGGCGUUUGAGGAUAUUGAAAAAGAAGCACAAGCAAGAGCAACAAAGGAAGGUAAAACAGAUUAUGUUUUUGGUGAACUACAUCACAUUUACAUUGACUUGAUGGAUUUGUCAUCAAUCCCCAAAGCAGUUGCGGAGUUUGCUGCUGCCAAGGAGGAGAAGUUGGAUGUGUUGAUAAAUAAUGCUGGAGUCAUGGGAGUACCUUAUGAAGUGACCAAAGAUGACUAUGAAAUUCAGUACCAAGUAAACUUUGUUGCUCAUUUCCUCUUGACUCUUCAAUUGGUUCCAUACUUAAGAAAAACUGUUGAUGCUGGAGGAACACCUCGAAUUGUCAAUUUAUCGUCAAUUGGACACAAUUUCUCCUACAAGCAUUUCAGGCCAGAUCAAAACAAGUUGAACACAUUCCCCAGUAGUAUCUUUACCUGGGUUAGAUAUGGUAUUGCCAAGACAGCCGAGAUUCAGAUCACCAAGGAAUGGGCCAUCAAGUAUCCUCAAUUUUUGUCAAUUGCAAUCCACCCUGGUGUCAUCUUGGGUACAAACUUGUAUGAUUACUGGCGUCAAGUGCCUAUAAUUAAAUACCCAGCCAAUGCCAUUUUUGCAAUUUCCGACAAGACUAUUGGUGUUAGUAACGAGGAAGGCUCCUUGGCUACAUUAAGAGCAGUGAUGGAUCCAAAGUUGAACCCUAAACAAGAUAAUGGAGAGUUUCUUGUUACUGGAGGUGUUGCUGAAAAACCAAGCAAAAUUGCUAGAAACUUGGAGUAUGCCAAAGAAACAUGGGACUGGAACAUUGAACAAUUGGAGAAACGUGGGUUCAAAGUUUGA